AUGGAACAAGCAAGCAAAUAUGCCUAUAUAGGUGAUGAUGAAUACGAGGAGAUGGAUAUUGAUAAUGAUAUUCAUCAGCUGAAUGAAGCUCCUGCAGCAGCACCAGCACCACCUGCCCCUCCUACCAGGUCUGGUCUACUCUCUUCAAUCUUUGGAAGAGGUAGUUCCUCUUCAAAAGGUAGCUCAGUCUCCUCAGCUCCACCUGCUCCUCCAAUGCCUCCAACAUCAACAUCAAACGUAUCCAAAAAGAUUGUAUCUAGGAAACUAGUAAAGAAGGCCAACACCAAUGUACUGAACAUAAAUCUGGGAACACUGUCAAGUGAUCCAACUGUUGCCACUGGUGAUCCACUUUAUUGUAAAGGAUGCAAGGUUAUCUACAGUAACAUCAACAACUUCAAACAAGUAAAGACAAGUGAUGGUAAGACUGUUCCAAACGUGCCAACUGCAGGUGGUGUAUCUGGUGGCAAGUGGACAUGCGAGUUCUGUGGAGAGAUCACAACGUUCACCAUGUCAGAGGAGGAGAUACCAAAGUCAAACAUGGUCGACUAUAUCAUUGAGCCAGCACCAGUCAGCUCCAAGCCAACAAGUGGCGACGAUUCAAUGGUCAUAUUCUGUGUGGACAUCAGUGGCAGUAUGCAGUGCACUUCAGAGGUCCCCAAGGAGCUCAAGCUACGUGCUGGCAAGGGCGAGAAGAACACAAGCAGAUACGUAUCACGUCUUCAAUGUGUGCAAUACGGUAUUGAGGAGCAGUUGCAGGCACUGGAGGAGGCUUCGCCAGGCAGACGUGUAGCCAUCGUAGCAUUCAAUGGAUCAGUUAACAUUGUCGGCGAUGGAUCACAAAGCCCCAUCGUUGUCACUGGAGACAAGUUGGACAACAUGGAUCAGCUGCUCGAGGCUGGCUCAAGCUACAAGAUGAACUCGCCCAUCUCAAAGACCAGACAGGCGCUGGUCAAGAAGGUGUUUGAGUUGGACGCCGAGGGCAGCACAGCACUGGGACCAGCCAUCACCGUGUGUGUCGGAAUGGCGUCCAAGGUGCCAGGCUCCAAGAUCGUACUGGCAACAGAUGGUCUAAGCAACAUUGGUAUUGGCUCGGUGGAGAACAGCACGGACAACACAUUCUAUGAGUCGAUUGGUGCUAUUGCCCAGAAAAAUGGCACAACCAUCUCUGUGCUGACCAUCAAGGGCACAGACACCAAGCUCGAGCAGAUCGGUCUUUUGUCCGAGCUGACCAGCGGCACCGUCGACAUUGUCGAUCCACUGAAGAUGCAGGAGGAGUUCAAGUCGGUGCUCUCACUGCCCGUCCUGGCUACAAAUGUCGCCAUCCAAGUCAAGCUGCACAGAGGACUGUACAUCUCAGACCCAUCCAAUCCAUCAACUAAUGAGAGCCAUAUCCACAAGGAGAUUGGCAACGUCAACGAGGACACAGUUGUCUCAUUCGAAUAUGGCAUGAUGCCAAACAAGAAGCUGGACCCUGCACUCAAGUCAAUUCCAUUCCAGCUGCAGAUCAGCUAUACGACAAUGAGCGGAAUGAAGUGUGUUCGUGUGAUGACGAUGACUCAGGAGACAACAUCCAAUCAGGAGCUGGCCGACGAGCACGCCAACAUUGAUGCACUGGGCGUCAACAUGGUUCAGACGACAUCAAAGAUCGCAUCAAAGGGCGAUUACAAUCAGUCGAGAGCAAAGAACAUGCAGACAGCCAACCUGUUGAACCGUGUGGCCACCAAGAAGAAGCAAACACACAGUGCACCAAGCACAGUGGACCAAGACGCUGGUGUUUGGUUGAACCAGGCCCAGAUGCUCGAAACACAUCUGACCACCGCCAUCCAGAAGGAGUCGGGAGGUGGCAGUGAUGAUGAAGAGGAAGAGCACCGUCCAGAGCGUUAUGAGAGACGCAAGUUGAACAGAAGUGAUGAGACUGCCAAUGUAUUGUUCAACAUGAAGUCCAUGAAUGUCCGCAAGGCAAAGAAGUGA